ACGCUUGAAACCGAAUUGUUGUUUGUUUGUCCGAAGAAAGAGUAGUAUCGCUCUCCUUCUCAAUUCGUUUUCAAGAGAGAAAAGUUGAACCGGAAUUUCAGAUUCUCAAGAGGAGCCAUGGCCGAUCAACUCACCGAUGAUCAGAUCUCUGAGUUCAAGGAAGCCUUCAGCCUCUUCGACAAGGACGGCGAUGGCUGUAUCACUACCAAGGAGCUUGGGACUGUCAUGAGGUCACUGGGCCAGAACCCAACCGAGGCUGAGCUCCAGGACAUGAUCAAUGAAGUGGAUGCUGAUGGUAAUGGGACCAUCGAUUUUCCUGAAUUCUUAAACCUCAUGGCAAGGAAGAUGAAAGACACCGACUCUGAGGAGGAGUUGAAAGAGGCUUUUAGAGUUUUUGACAAGGAUCAGAAUGGUUUCAUAUCUGCUGCUGAGCUGCGUCAUGUGAUGACAAAUCUUGGGGAGAAGCUCACUGAUGAGGAAGUGGAUGAGAUGAUCCGCGAGGCUGAUGUUGAUGGUGAUGGACAGAUAAAUUAUGAGGAGUUUGUCAAGGUGAUGAUGGCUAAGUGAUAAGUUGCAGCAGACUCAACUCAACAUGAUUUGAAGAACCAAAAAGAAAAGAAAAAAAAAUUAUGCGGGAAAAUUUUAAUCUUAUAUUACGGGAUUCCUAGCUUCCUCAAGUUUUAUGUUAUGGUUUUUGUAAUCAGUCCUUCAAAACGAUGUAGUGAACUCCUUGUGGAUGUGGUGUUGAUUGUGUGUCCUUUAAUGUCAUGACAAUGUGUUGGCAGUUAAUUUUUUGUUUUUGGUUGUGAACCCCAACUUUCUGGUUGGAUAAAUUGCAUGACUGAUUUUAUUUGUACA